UCAGAUCUUACCAAGAAACCGGGGCAAAAUUUUAAAAGACAAUGCCAGAAUAUAAGGCCAAAAUUUAGCUUCCUUCCUAGAAGUAGGCACGCAUGAAAAGAGAGCCUUCCGUUCCAUAUGCGUGAGACAAAAAAGGCAAAAACGAAACCACCGACUCAUUUUCCUGUCCUUAGGUGUCUCCACACACCAUAUUUAGCCUUCAAAUUUUCAAUCACCACCCAAAAAAUCACACCCUCUCUCUCUCUCUCUCUCUCUCUCAAACACAUUCAGCACCUUCUCCUCCUCCUCCUCCUCCUCCUGCUGCACCACAAUUGUCACAUUGUAUUACAAUCUCUCUUGUCAUUUUUGUGUAGAUUGUGUCAUAUUAUUAGUUGUCAUUGUUGUUAAUAUAGGACUAAACUAAUGCCUGCACUAGCAGUUGAUCAACUUAACCAGUUAAGAGAAAUCUUUGCAAGAUUCGACAUGGACUCAGAUGGCAGCCUCACCAUUUUGGAGCUCGCUGCCCUCCUCCGGUCCUUAGGCCUCAAGCCCUCAGGUGACCAAAUCCAUGUCUUGCUAGCCAACAUGGACUCAAACGGAAAUGGCUCCGUGGAAUUUGAUGAAUUGGUCAGUGCUAUAUUGCCUGACAUGAAUGAAGAAAUUUUGGGAAACCAAGAGCAACUAUUGGAGGUUUUUCGGUCCUUUGAUCGUGACGGUAAUGGAUAUAUAACUGCAGCAGAGCUAGCAGGGUCCAUGGCCAAAAUGGGUCAGCCGCUAACGUAUAAGGAGCUAACAGAGAUUAUCAAAGAGGCUGAUACAGAUGGAGAUGGUGUCAUUAGCUUUAAUGAAUUUGCCACCAUAAUGGCAAAGUCAGCCUCAAGUUUUCUAGGCCUUGCCCCCUCAUGACCAGAGGUUCCUGCUACAUGCUAUAGUUUUGGCCUUGUAAACAUGUUAAUCUCUAUUGCAUCAUCCCACGAAGGAAAAAAAAAUUUCUCAUCUGCUUGACUAAUCUUAGAUUAUACUCUUUUUUUUCCUUUUCUUUUCUGACCACCAAACUAAUAUGCUGAGUACUUUUUUCUUUUCUCCAA